AUGGCCUCUGGGUAUAUGCAGCCUGAAAAGCCAGACUCAUUUCUCAUCCGACGGAAGCCGGUGUCCAACCCAAACUUAGGGGCCACGUAUGCCGAUCACCGGGCGGCAGCUGCCAGCACCCCAUCGCUCGUGCCCCCGUCACCCCCGUCUUACACCGAGCUCUAUGGACCACCCCCGAUUUCCAGGUCUCCGAGUCCCGGGCCAAUUCCGAGGCCUCGCACGGCAGGGCCAACAGCUUCGCCAGCCCCUCCACCGCCGACACCUGUCCAAAAGGCAUACGGUGAAGCUCGACAUUUCCUCGGUGGCCUGAUCAAUCAUCCAACAGAGUCAAACAAACAUGUUACCAUCCUACGACACUCUCAUGGUCUAGUAUUUUACCGUGGGAAUACGACAUCUGUCACGAUAUCAAUAUUCUCCGAUACUCCUUUACCAAUUGAUCGCACGCUCUGGUUACAGAGUAAAGGGUGGUCGGGCAAGACUGGCAUGCGAGCCAAGUCUUUACUUCGUCUGCGAGAUAGCUGGGUGGACGUCACUCCGGGAAUGCCAUUACGAGCAGACCAGGUGAAUCCGGAUGAUGAACGCGCCUGGCAGCGCGACAUCAAGAAGUUCAAAAAGAAGGCACCGGCUCGUCCGCGUGAUACACAUCACCUGCGUGAAACUGCCGUUGUUCGUAUUCCUGCUGAAGGAGGAGAUGGGUAUUUCCAGCUUGUGCUCUGUCAGGGGCCCAAGAAAAAAGUACUCGGCAACAGUCCCGUGUUUCGAGUGCUCUCUACAUCCACCAGCCCCAGCUCUAUUCGCGGUGCAAGUCUUAGUACCCUGCCUCUUGAGGUUGGCGCACUGGUAGUUAGCCUUUAUGCUCAGACUGCUGUCCGAACCAUUGCAUCUCCAGCCGCAGUCGCGGUUCAAUCCAAGGUGCAGGCCAAGGUCGAUCCAUUUCGUCCCUCCUGGGUGAACAAAACUGCAGCCAAAAAGGUCUAUGUCAGUAGUGGUGCCCAAGAUCGUGUGGGUGGUAUCGUAAAUGGCCCUAAUGGAUUUAUUGGACGGUCUCCGACAAAUCUUGUGGCACCGCAAGUCAUUGAGAACAAUCCUUUUUGCGUUGAGGCUGGCCCUCAACCGCCAUUCCCAAUGGUAUUCAAAGCCCGUUGCCAGCCUGGUCAAACCCCGUCUCCCGAACCUUGUGAGUUACCGAAACUGGCAUUGACGAAAAUGCCCGAUUGGGUGGUGGAACAAUUACGGGGUUACUUCUUCGGUUGGGCAAGAUUUGAAGCCUCGUCUAGUAAGGAACCGGCCGGUCCAUGGUGUCCUGCUAUCCUCUCUGUACGAGCAUUGGACCCUCUACAGACCGCACGGGUAAAUCUAGCCCAGAUUGCGAAGCGCCUAGUCGCAUUGCGCCUUCUUGAAGAUAUUCCGCUUCAGUCUACCAAAGUCGAGAUUCGCGUGCUGGGAUACCUGCGCGCUGAGAUCCCUCCACCUACAGGGAGCACCAGUCAACAGCUCACAGAAGCGCAAGAAGCAGCAGCAGAGGCGGCCGUGCUCGCUGAUAUGUAUGAUGCGUCUGUAGUGCAGGACACUUUGUCCCAUCCUGCAUGGGCGUCAGGAAAUCCAGAUACGCACAAUUUGCAACGUCAAAAUACAGGCUGGGUCGAUCGGACACUGGAGGCUUAUGGCAAUAUACAAAGUCAGGGACAGAAACUGGUACAACAGGUGCCAUUGCAUCGCCUUGGCGUACGUUCUGCCGUUGAUGAGAUCAGAGAAAGCCAAGUGGCUGUGAAUGGGUUCUUUAUCGUUCGGUAA